CCGAUAUCCAGACUCUUCACCCAUCUUCGCAGCUUCACCCAACAGUCAUCUACGUUUCCUGCUGGAGAUAUGCCUACCAAGCGUAUUGCAUUCACCGUUCAUGGCCUCGUCCAAGGCGUGAACUAUCGGAAUUUCGCCGUCCAGCGCGCGGUUACUGACCAUGUCACUGGUUGGGUGAAGAAUGCCCACGACGGGACGGUCGUGGGCGAGGCGCAGGGCGACGAACAGCAGCUGGAAAAGUUCAUCAAACACCUGAGCCAAGGGCCGCCUGCGGCAAAUGUUACCAAGGUCGAGCAGCGGGAAUUGGAGCCGAAGGAGGGGGAGGACGACUUCCAGCGCAGAAGAUAAAUGUACGCGAUUGCCCAUAAGGAAGCCCUGAUUGAACGUCAGGAAACGCACGACGGUCAUACCUAGACGACGACGCGCACUUGAAGAUUUAGAGGAGCGAAGCCGUUCGAUAGACAUAUACAUUGUGACAUGCUUUAUUCCUGAUGCAGUAAGGCAGCAGUAAAAAUGAAGGUCGUAUAACAUGUGUACAUAGGGUUCCAUAAAGAGUCCACGCUCGGCCAAAUCAUAGUAUACAUUCGACAUACGGGCAACGUCGGCUUGGAUCGCUCCUGCUCCUUGGCACCUCCAGCGCUUUACGGCG